AUGUCGCUUUUCGCGGGAGCAUUGAAGCAGCCUCAACAGAUUUCACGUUCGCAAUGCAGCCUAGACGAUAUGAAAGAGGCACUUAAACAAGGUCUAGAUCCUAACGUCCAAUGGAAAGAACUCGAGAUUGACGGCUCACGUCCAACCGGGGGUUGUGUGCUUUCUAGUUACGAUCCUUACGUUUCUUGGGCAAAUUAUAACACACCGCUCCAUAGAUCUUUAUGGCAUCAUCAUUACGAUGCCGCGACUCUCUUGCUAAAGAACGGUGCUCGGAUCGAUCUAUGCAACGCACUCGGGAGAACACCGCUACACGAAGCCCUUCGAUUUAAGUUUAAUUCUUCCCAAUAUGAAAAAGUCAAGUUUCUUAUUGAAAAUGGUGCAAAUGUCAAUGCUGAAAGCGAGGAGCGGUCCUUUCACGACCAGUAUACGCAUCGCUCAGGAGCUGCUGGAAUCGUCCCCUUGCACGAGGCUAUCAGGUCCUGGGAUUCCCAAAUGGUAACAAUAUUAGUGGAAGCAGGGGCGAGCCUUACGCAGUUGUCCCCGGGCGGAUGGACAAUCCUUGACCUUGCCAUACUGGAGAGAAACGAGCCGAUUAUAGAUUUUCUUUAUAAGUCCGGUGCUCGACUUUCGGAAAUAUCCAACCGAGAGGUUCAAUCAGAUAACCUACAAGAAAUGGCCCAGCUGUUACUAGCGGACGAUAAAAUAUUUCCUCCGUCUGACUGUCGGGAAGCGUACCUCCACGUUAUAAGCCACCCCGAGUUUCUCUGCGCCUGGGAAGAGUUUUCUACGGGCUCCGUAUCAACGUGCCGGGUACUUCUUGACAAAUUUCUCGAUAUUCUGUCUCGAAUAGCAGAGAAGCCCAAUCCAGAGAAUGUCCCAGGGGCUCCAACCUGCCUUCAGUGUGCCGCGUUCCUGAAGCAGCUAUCAGAGGGAAAUUUAUAUCCGUUUGAACUUCACCCGGAUCGAGACUCUCUUAGACGGUCUGCAAUUGAUGGGUGCUGUCUAUGUGUGUUGAUUCUGGAUGCUUUGGCCUACGGAACCGGCAGAUGGGCGGGCCUAAAUUCGGUAAAGUCAACAAAGUUCGGAAUAACACCCAAAAUUAUACUACUACCGGGUGGGUUAUUCACGAUUUUCAUACUCCAUGAGAACCAGUCCGAGACCUUGUUAAUCAGCAAUAUGUCUGACCACCAGAAAUACCCGGAUGACACCGAACUCGGAACAGGUUCACCUCGAGCCUUUGAGGCUGCUCGUUCUUGGCUGGAGAACUGUAGGUUGUAUCAUUCGAAGUGUAAUGAGUCGAAAGACGAAAACCCUAUGUUACCUACCCGAGUCAUCGACGUCGGAAAUGAAACAUCUGAGCCCUUCCUCUAUCAGAGUAACGGGAGACAUGCCCCAUAUCUUUGUCUUUCAUAUUGCGGGGGCGGUUCUAGCAACUUCAAAACAACAAAGGAGUCGCUUCUAGACUGCAUGAACACAAUCCCGCUCAGCUUAUUUCCACUCACACUACGUGACGCAAUUUUAGCUACAAGACAAUUGGGAUUCCGUUUCCUUUGGAUUGAUGCUCUAUGUGUUGUACAAGAUGACGAAAAUGACAGGAAAAGGGAAGCGGCACAAAUGCAAACCAUAUUCGCUAAUGCAACUAUGACCUUGUCAGCUCAUGACUCUCAGGACCCCACGGGGGGAUUAUUCCGGCCACGUCGUUGGAUCUACCCCCCUAGUCCCGUCCAGAUCUCUUUGCGAGUUCCUAAAAAGCGUAAAUCAGCGCGAGGAGUACAUAACUAUGGCCAUUUCGUCAUUCCGGUCCAUGGAGAAAAGGAGCUCUAUAAGCCCGGUCCGGACAGCUCUCAGGCAUGGGCACUCCAGGAGCAGAUUCUAAGUACUAGGAUAAUCCACUGGGGACCAGGGAUAUUAUACUGGGAGUGCUUAAGUUGCCAUGGAUCUGAAUCAGACCCGGAAGGUGUCACGCAUCCGUAUAGCAGCUGCACGGAUUUUUCACGGGUGCGUCGGCAAAAGCGUAUUGCGCAAGGACGUUACCAGGAAAAUGAUCUCUUUAGCUCUAGAAGCACCGCAUUAUCCCCUGAAAAUAAAGAAGGGGAGGUUAACGCACCCGAGGCAGAUAUUGCUAAAAGAAAGUCGACAUACCUAAUAUGGCAAGAGUCAGUCGCCGAAUACAGCUCACGAGUACUGGAUAAACAGGAGGAUAAGAUUCCAGCGUUUCUAGGUCUGAGUAGGAUUAUGGAACGAGUUCUUCAAGAUGAGUUUGUCGUCGGGAUAUGGAAGAACUCACAUUUAUUCCCUAGCCUCCUGUGGGCCGCCGAUAACUCGGAAGGAAAUUCGAGGAACGGAAACUAUCCAUCCUGGACUUGGGCUUCUAUCAACGGCAAGGUAAAAUACCCUAUAGACGACUCAUAUGUUACCUGGGAGCCGUCGAACGUGGUCCUAGAUAUCAAAACGUCUGGUCCGUCCCAGAAUUAUGCAACUGGCAGUAUUAUCAUGAGAAGCACUAUAAGGAAGUUCCCCGGGGGCAAUCGGCUUUGGCACCACAAGAGCAAGCCUCGAAAUCCCUCAUACCGCUUAACGCCACGCCGGAUAGAUGAGGAGUCAGAGUUUAGGUGGCAAGAUAUUCAAUCGAUAGUUUCGGCAUUUCAGGACAUCAGAACCGUCUUGCCAGAACCGCAGGCUCCGAAUAAUCGGGAGGGUUCGGGAGACGAUAUUUAUUGUUUAGUUGUUGCCCGUAUCGGUGUGGUACCGCCGCCAACGUUUGGGUAUCCUGCUUACCCUGGUGGAAGGCCUAAAUCCCUCGUCUGUAUAUGUCUUACCCCUGUAAGUCAUGACAAAGGAACCGAGACCAAGGCACCGCACAACACGUAUCGUCGUGUAGGAUUGUGUGAAUUUUGGGACCGACCGGAGUUCUGGGAGGACGCCGUGAAGGAUAAAUGGGUGACCAUGAUAUAA